CAAUCAUUCAUAACUUCAAAUUUUUAAACAUAGGUUAUUAGAAACAAAAAUGUAAACAUUCAUUUAAUAUUUAAAAUGAUUAUGAAGAAAUUGAAAUAACAAACGGCAUUUCAAGCUAAAGCGUAUUAUUAAAUCUUUAUAAAGUGACCUAUUGUGAAGUUGGGUUCGUUCUGGUUCUUUUUACUCUGCCUUACAUUACCUGCAAAUAUGGCUGCUGUAGAUCAUGCAACUAUGCAGAUGAAUCAAUUUAGGAGCUAUGUGACUAUGCUUGCAGAUCCUAGUGCCAAGGAGGAUCUCAAAUUAAAGGCAGCACAGGAGAUUAGUGAGAAUUUUGAGAUCAUUCUAUCAUCCCCGCAUUAUGCAGCAUUUCUCGAACAUUCUGUCAAGAUAUUCCUCAAUCUUUUAGGUCAUGGGGAGUGCCUUUUCAUUGCAGAAUAUAACAUGCAGCAGGUUCGGAAAUUGAUUCUAGAGAUGUUAUAUAGGCUUCCAACUAAUGAUAGCCUCAGACCAUAUGUUAAAGGUAUAUUGUCUUAUUCAUUGAAAUUGCUGGAGGUUGACAAUGAAGUUAAUGUUUUAAUAUGUUUGAAGAUUAUAAUUGAAUUACAUAAAGUGUAUCGACCAGUUUUUAAUAGUGAGGAAAUUUUUUUACAGAUUCAACAUUUUCUUAAUUUCGUCAAAACUAUCUAUUCUGAAUUGCCUAGUCAUAUGAACCGGAUAUUUGAACCUAAAGCACCAAUUAAAGUUUCCGAUUUGAUGGAAUUGAACAACCUGGAUGAAUUAUUACAAAGUACCUUCACAAUGACAACAAUUCAAACGGAACAGCGAAAGGAAGAUGGAAGUUUUGUUGCAUAUUACUUGAUUCCAAGAUCAGUACUUUCUUUAAAAGUGCUUCAAGAAUUGCCAAUUAUUGUUGUAUUAAUGUAUCAGCUAUAUAAAAAGAAUGUCCAUCAAGAUGUUAGUGAUUUUAUUCCAUUGAUUAUGAGCACUAUUACUUUACAACCAACUUUGGAGCAAAGGGAAGCUGAGACUUUCAAUAAAGAAAUAUUCGUAGACUUCAUGGGUGCUCAGGUGAAAACGUUAUCAUUCUUAGCUUAUAUAAUUAAAAUUUAUCAAGAUGUUGUACAACAACAUUCACAACUGCUCGUUCAAGGGAUGCUUGGCCUUCUUACUUUGUGUCCAAUGGAGGUUGCUCACUUGAGAAGGGAGUUGUUGAUUGCUGCUAGACAUAUCUUAGCAACCGAUUUGAGGAAUAAGUUUGUUCCGUAUAUGGAAAAACUUUUUGACGAAGACAUACUACUGGGAAGAGGUUGGACUACCCAUGAAUCCCUGAGACCACUAGCGUAUUCUACCCUGGCUGAUUUAGUCCAUCAUGUGAGACAACAGUUGACAUUGCCAGAUUUGACUAGAGCGGUUCAUCUUUUUAGUAAGAAUGUGCAUGAUGACAGCCUGGCAGCUACUCUUUACAGCAUUCAAACAAUGUCUUGCAAAUUGUUACUCAACUUGGUGGAAUGUAUUCGUAUUCGAUCAGAAGCUGAAAACAAACCUGAGGGCCGGGAGCUACUGAUGAGGACAUUAGAGGUGUUUGUCUUGAAAUUUAAGACAGUCUCUAAAAUCCAGCUACCUAUUCUUGUAAACAAAUGCAAACAACAGUCUCAAAACAUAACUCACACUACCAUUCAACAAGGCGAUGUGAAAAUGGAACAAGAUCAAAAGCCUAGUGUAGAUAUUUUGGAUGCAUCCUUAUCUGGCUCCCAAGGAUCUCAGCCGAAAGAAGAAAGAUCGAAGUUUGGUUUUCCCCAAUUUAAUAACUUCAAUGUUUCUGAUUACCGAAGUUUGGUGAAAACCUUGGUCUGUGGGGUGAAAACAAUCACUUGGGGUUGUUCAAGUUUCAAGAUGCAAACUGGUCAGCCUUUAGCCUCUCCUAAAUGUUUUCAUCCUCACGAGACUUUGGUUUACGUCAGGCUCGUUAAAUGGGCUUUGAGAGCUUUAGAUGUUUACACAUUGCCCACUGGUCCUCAACCUGUUGGUGUUAUUCAAAGAAUCAAUCAACAGAAUAUGAGGACUAAAGAGGAGAAAGAAGUCCUUGAACACUUUAGUGGGGUGUUUUCAAUGAUGAAUUCUCAGACCUUCCACGAGAUAUUCUCAACCACUAUUGAAUAUCUCGUAGAACGUGUUUUCAAGAAUCCUACCCUUCAGACAAUACCAAAUACCUUAUUGGCCAAUCCACAAACUAGUCCCAUUUUCGCAACAGUUCUGGUGGAGUAUUUGCUCGAAAGAAUGGAAGAGAUGGGAUCAAAUUUGGAAAGGAGCAAUUUGUAUCUUAAAUUAUUUAAGUUAGUAUUUGGUAGUGUGUCUUUAUUUCCAACAGAGAAUGAAAACAUGCUUCGGCCCCAUCUACAUCAAAUUGUAAACAGAUCAAUGGAACUUGCUAUGAGUGCAAAAGAACCUUACAACUAUUUUCUAUUACUACGGGCACUUUUCCGUUCUAUUGGAGGCGGAAGUCAUGAUCUUUUAUAUCAAGAAUUUUUACCACUUUUGCCAAAUUUGCUUGAGGGUUUGAAUAGGCUACAAAGCGGUCUUCACAAACAACACAUGAAAGAUCUGUUUGUAGAACUCUGUCUAACUGUGCCAGUUAGGCUGAGUUCCUUACUUCCGUAUCUUCCUAUGCUAAUGGAUCCACUAGUGUCUGCAUUGAAUGGUUCACCAGUACUUGUCAGUCAGGGUUUAAGAACACUUGAACUUUGUGUAGACAACCUGCAACACGACUUUUUAUACGAACAUAUACAACCAGUAAGAGCAGAUUUAAUGCAAGCUCUAUGGAGAACUUUACGAAACAAUGAUUCAGUAGCUUUCAAAGUUUUAGGUAAAUUUGGUGGUGGCAAUAGAAAGAUGAUGAUUGAACCGCAAAAGUUGGAAUAUGUGUCAUCCGAUUUUGAUCCACCUGCUAUACUUGUACGUUUCAAUGAGUACCAACAAUCAACAGAAUUUCCAGUGCAAAAAGUUAUUGAAACUGCAUUUAACGCACUGAAACAAAGUAAUACCGACUCAUUCUAUAGAAAGCAAGCCUGGGAUGUUAUUAAUUGUUAUCUAAUGGCAUCUACUAAUCUUUCUGACGAUAGAAGAACAUUGAUAAACCUUUUCAUGCACCCUAGUUUCCAGGAUGCUAAUACUAUACCUCAUGUUAAGGGAUCUACAUAUAAGUCGAUCUAUAAACAAGCUAGGGAGACGCAUCAAACUGCUUUGACUGGAAUGUAUGUUGCCGCGGCUAUUAAAGAACUACGAGAAAGAGUUGUUCCGGCUAUGGUGUCCAUUGUGCGUCACUACACAAUGGUGGCUGUUGCGCAACAAUCAGGAAUGUUUGCUUAUGCCCCUAAGCCCAAUGAGCAGGUGGCAUUAGAUCCAUUGGUGCUCAUCGAUGCUCUAGCAGUGAUAAUGGGUCAUGAAGAGAAAGAACUAUGCAAACCAGGACAUGUUGGCAUGGUUCUUAUUGUGGAUACGGCAUCCACACUCUUGGGAAGCAAAGAAAUGGCUUGUAAGCUGCCAAUGAUAGAAUACAUGGCUGAAAAAAUGUGUUCUUUGUGCUACGAAAGAGCUUGGUAUGCAAAAUUAGGAGGAUGUAUUGCAAUUAAGUUCAUGUUUGAAAGUUGUGCUUUAAAAUGGGUUUAUGAACAUAUGUUCACUUUUCUCAAGGCCCUACUCUUUGUGAUGAUGGAUCUCACAGGAGAAGUUUCAAGUGGAGCUUUGGAUAUGGCUAAAACUAACCUUGAAAAAAUGCUUAUAGUAUGUGUAACUCCACCUCCUCCAAGUUCUGAUCAACAGACUAAAGAAUUACAGCGCAAAGCGUUAUAUGAUAUAACUCAUGAGCUUGUUAGGCAAGUAACUAGUACCUACGCGUUGGUCAGGGAACAAGCUAUGCGAUCCUUGAGAUUGCUAGCGGAAAAACAGAACAAAUCAGUGACAGAAGUCAUGGAACCGUUUAAGGAUGUUCUAGCAGAUAUGGUUCCUCCAAAAAAACAUUUAUUGAGACACCAACCAGCCAUAGCCCAAAUGGGACUGAUGGAUGGCAACUAUUUCUGUAAUACAUUGAAUCCAAGACUGUUCACCAUUAAUAUGAAGAUAAAAGAGCAUAAUCUUUUUAUUAGUGACCUUCUCUCGAUCUGUAAUACUGAAGAUACAAAAUUAAACAGUUAUUCCUGUUAUAAGUCUAUGACUAAUUUUAUUCCCCUGAGAAGGAGUGCUUUGAAGGUUUUGGCCUCAUGCUACUAUCUGGAAGAAGUAAGAGAACAAAUAUUUCAAGUUUUAUAUAGAGCUCUAGAAAAGCCUAAUGCAGAAUUACAGGAAACAGCUUUUGAAUGUAUGAAACAAUUCAUAGCUGGAUACCCUGUUGAGAAGGAAUUAGUUCACCCAACAGUGAGACCAUUACUUAUGACACUCGGAGAUGUAAAGAACUUAACUCUAAAUGGAGUAAAGAUGCUGUCUUAUCUGACUCAACUUUUUCCGCUAGUAUUCAAUGAAAAACUUUGUGAACAACUUUCUGAGAUCUUGAAACAAUUGCUGGAUAACCUCAUCAAUAAUCAUAAAAACUCAAAUGGGGUUUCUAAAAAAGGCGAAGAAGAACAGAAGAUCUCUACCAUCAUCAGUAUAUUCCAUCAGACACCAGCAGCGUCUUCUAAAUUCAUUACACUGCUAGUAACACUGAUUCUUCAGACAGAAAAGGCUAUGACAAUUGAGGCUAGCUCCCCAUUUAGAGAGGUAUUGAUGAAAUUUCUGUUACGUUAUCCUUCUGAAACUUUGGAGAUGUUGAUGAGUGAUGCUUAUGUGCAGGAUAGGCAAUACUGCAGGUACCUCAACUUCCUCAUAAAGCACAAGGAUGGCAAGCCCUUUCGUGAUUAUAUACAGAAUCAUCUAGUGAACAGGCUGAUAGUAAUGGCUUCUUUUUGGAUAAACCAAAAUGACCGCCUUUCUCUGCAGUUCCAGUCAAUAAGGAUAGUUUCACUCUUGAUCAAAUACGAUGAUCAGUGGCUUGCCACACAACAGAAACUGGUUGAUGCCAUUAAACAGAUCUGGUGUGAUGAUUCGUACCAGGAAAGGCAUCAGAAUAUAAGAGAUGUUGAUAUGUAUUAUUGGAAAGAACCAAAGCUGUUGGUUAAAAUACUGCUACAUUAUUUCUGUCAUUAUCCCAAUGAUAUUGACCUUCUCUUCCAAUUGUUGAGAGCUACAUGUCACAGAUUCAUUGCAAAUUUCCAAUUUUUGAGAGACUUCCUGGAAAAUACUGUAGCUCAAAAUUACACUGUGGAAUGGAAGAGAUCAGCAUUCUUCAGGUUUGUGGAAAUAUUUCCACAAAGAACUAUGUCUCAUGAGUUGAAGGCUAAGGUUUUGCAACUUAUUCUAAUACCAUGUUUUGCAGUUUGUUUUGAAAGAGGAGAAACAAAUAAGUUGAUAGGAAGCCCACCAAUGCCUUAUCAAGAUAACCCUGACAAUGUAGUGUCAGUAUUCAUCAACAAGCUAAUCGAUCCAGAUAACCCUUACCCAUCAGCGGAUUGUGUUCGUAUAUCGCUUCUGCAAUUCUCUUGCUUAUUAUUUGAACAGGCCAGUUCUCACUUUCAUGAUCCAGAGUCGAACAGUAAGACCCAGGGCUAUAAGCUACGUCGGCUGAUGACUUUCGCUUGGCCCUGCCUUCUUGUCGAGAACUGUGUUGAUCCGGCUACCAGAUAUCAUGGGCACUUACUACUUUCCCACAUAAUUUAUAAAUAUAAGAAGAUCCACAAGAAGAUCGUUCUCCAAGUAUUUCACAGUUUAUUGAAGGCUCAUGCUGUUGAAGCCAGGAGUGUUGUAAGGCAAGCAUUAGAUAUAUUGACUCCAUCGGUUCCUUUGAGGAUUGAAGAAGGUAGUACAAUGUUAAUAUAUUGGACCAAAAAGAUUAUUGUUGAUGAAGGUCAUUCCAUGCAACAGCUUUUCCAUAUUCUACAAUUGGUCGUAAAGCACAGCAAGGUUUACUACCCUUUAAGACACCAUAUUGUACAAUACAUGGUGAAUUCUAUUCAGAGGUUAGGGUUUAGUCCUACUGCCACCUUGGAACACAGGAAAUUAGCAGUGGAGUUAGCCGAAGUGAUUAUCAAAUGGGAAUUAUAUGGUAUCAAAGAAGAAGAAAUGAAAGAAAUAAAUGAAAGUAAUCAAGUGAAACGUACACUUUACGACGAUUCUGACCGAAAGAAGCUUGCAAUAUCUCAACCAUCUACUUCGUCAGGAGCUUCUCAAAUGUCUAAACCUGACAUGGCUAGCAAACCAAUCGACAAAGUUCACGUUGAAUCUGUGCUCAAUUUCUUAGUCCGACUACCCUGUACAGUUUUUGAUCAACCCCCACCUCCAACCUCUCCAUUAGGUAGCACCCCCUUGGAAUUGCUGACCCGUAGGUGUAUUCUGCUCUUGAAGACUUCUGUGAAGCCUGACCUGUGGCCUCAAACUUUUCACAUAAAAUUGGCGUAUUUAGACGAGGUCCUGUUCAAUAUAGAUGUACCAAACCCAAUCUGGCCAAAUAUCCUAAACACAUUGGAAGUUGUAACCUUCUUCCUGAGUGUUCUGAAGAGAGAACAAAUAUUAACUGAGUACAAGGGUCUUCAAAGAGGCAUAAGCGCGUGUAUAUCAUCAACGAAUUCCAAGGUCAUUAAAUUGAUACAUGCUCUUUUAACGAAGUUGAUGUCUAUAUUCCCCACGGAAAGAACCAAUUCAACUGUAUCUUGCAAGUACGAGGAAUUGGAUGUCUUGUAUACUACAGUUGGAAAAGUUAUCUAUGAAGGUCUCAACAAUUACGAGAAGAACGCCCAAGCAAACCCUUCUACCUUAUUCGGUACCAUCAUGAUGUUGAAAGCAGCCUGCACAAGCAACCAUUCUUACAUUGACCUUCUAAUAACACCUUUCAUGAGGGUGCUACACCGCUUGGCGAAGGAGCAUCUGCAGCCAACCUCAUCUGACUACUCAACUAUGACCAGUGAGCUAUUGAUCCUCAGUCUUGAUCUGGUAAAGACCAGAGUGGUCGUUAUGGGAGUUGAAAUGCGGAAGACCUUCAUCGGCAACAUCCUUGUGGGCUUGAUAGAGAAGACACAAGACGUUAAAGUCAUAAAAGCUAUCAUCAAGAUGUUGGAGGAAUGGAUGAAAUGUAAGAGCUACGUCACGCUGAACCAGGCUCCGAGUUUGAGGGAGAAGUCGAUCUUACUCGUAAAAAUGAUGCAGUACGUCGAGAAGCGCUUUUCCGACGACGUUGACAUAAUGGCCCAGUUCCUCGACCUUAUACUCUUCGUCUACACAGACUCAGCCCUGAAGCAAACAGAGCUAACCACUAAGCUGGAACCGGCCUUUCUGGCGGGACUGAGGAGCACGCAGCCGCAAAUUCGCGCCAAGUUCUUCAAGGUAUUCGACGAAUCGAUGAAGAGGCGGCUAUAUGACAGGCUUCUUUACAUAGUGUGUUCACAAAACUGGGAUGCCAUAGGUCCUCAUUAUUGGAUUAAGCAGUGCAUCGAAUUGCUGAUGGUGACGGUGGCUGCCGAUACGCAAAUACAGAUGUCGCACGAAAGCAGCAUUUUGCCGAAUAUAACAUCCGCCAUCUACUCAGCCAACGCACAGAAGAAAGAGGAAUUCAUUAGAACCCAGCCUGACAAUUUGAACCUAGGCACCAUGAUGGAGAUCAACGAAGAGAUACUAGAAGUUGACUUAAACAACGUGGAGGGCACCCAGGUCGAGGAAAAACCCAUAAACAGGGCUGAGACUGUGUCGAAGAUGAUCAAGAAACAUUUCGAAUUCAUAGAAGUGGGGAGGAACAUCACAACAGAACAAUUCUUGUUGGCCGCUACACAAUUGUGCCACCUAGACACUAAUCUUGCGGAACAGGUGUGGUUGAAUUUUUUUCCGAAACUUUGGAAGAUACUUCAAGACGAUCAAAGAUACCAACUAGGGCGUGAAACGCUGGCCUUCAUCAUUUCCGGGAUCCAUAUUAUACAGAAGGAUUGCCAACCGAACGCAGUGAAUACUUUUGUGGAAGCGUUAUGCAGAUGCAUACCUUCAGUUCAGAUGCAACCAGCAGCGAUGAGGUAUCUAGGCAAAUCAUACAAUCUUUGGCACAGGAUGACCCUGGGACUUGAGCAGAUGGCAUUCGACCCAUCUUCGGUUAAGAAAAAUUCCAAUCCGGUCAGCUGCUACGAGUUCGAAACGGAGGCUGGCAAGAGCGAAUUGCUGGAUUCUCUCGGAGAUCUUUAUCACCUAUUGUGCGAGGAGGAUCUAUGGGCGGGCCUUUGGCAAAAACAUGCUCAUUACAAAGAGACAAGCGUCGCAAUCGCGUACGAGCAACACGGCUUCUUCGAACAGGCCCAAGCCGCUUACGAGGCGGCCAUGGUCAAGCAUAAGCAAGACGCCGCUACCGGUCCCACUCCCACCUACACCCAGAGGGAGAUACUCAUGUGGAACGAGCACUGGGUUCGCUGUAUGAAGGAACAGAACCAAUGGGAAGCGUUGAAGGAAUACGCGAAGAACGGAGUGUACGAUCCUUUUCUGCUGUUGGAAAGCGCCUGGAGGAUACCGCAGUGGGAUGUCGUCAAAGACGUAUUGACGCACGUCGAGUACCAGUGUCCCAAGGAGCUGGCAUGGAAGAUGACCAUGUAUGGUGGUUAUUUGCUGAUCUGUCAGCCAGAAGAGAGUAAGCCGCUUAAAUUCGUGGAGAGAUACGUGGAGAAUGCUACAGCUCUUUGUCUAAAUGAGUGGAAGAGGUUGCCGCAUAUUGUCAGUCAUAUACAUUUGAAUUAUUUACAGGCCGCUCAACAAAUAAUGGAGCUCCAAGAAGCCUAUCAAAUACAUAAAGGUUUAUCACAAGCCCAUCAAAACUCCUUGCAUGAUAUGAAAGCAAUAGUAAAGACAUGGCGGAAUAGAUUACCAGUAAUUGCUGAUGAUCUUUCACAUUGGAACGACAUUAUAACCUGGCGACAGCAUCAUUAUCAGGCAAUUGUGAAUCAUUACGAAACAGCAAGAGAUACAGGAAAUGCCAAUUCAAUGUUGGGAGUACAUGCAUCAGCUCAGGCCAUCAUCCAUUUCGGAAAGAUAGCAAGGAAACACAAAAUGCCUGCCGUUUGUCUCGAAACUCUCAACAAGAUAUACACUAUUCCAAGUGUACCUAUCAUCGAUUGUUACCAGAAAAUUCGACAAGAGGUCAAAAGCUAUCUCCAGAUAGCAUCUCUGAAAGACAAAACAGAGUUUCAAGAAAUUCUUCCUUUGGGUCUUGAGGUGAUCAACAACACCAACAUACAGUUCUUCGCCAAAGAGAUGACAGCGGAGUUUUAUGCCCUCAAAGGCAUAUUGUACCACCUGAUGAACAAAUCCGACGACGCCAACAAAUGCUUCUCGGCAGCGAUCCAGCUGCACGACACAUCUAUCAAGGCUUGGGCUUAUUACGGAGAUUACCUGGAAGCCAUCUUUACCAGGGAUCAGAGGCAGAUCAGUCUGGGUGUGAACGCCAUGAUCUGCUUCCUUCACGCCUGCAGACAUCAGAACGAGGCCAAAUCAAGGAAGUAUAUGGCCAAAAUUCUUUGGUUGCUCAGCUACGACGACAAGAACUCGAGUCUUAUGGAAGCGUUGGACAAGUAUUCAGUUGGCGUACUGCCCAUCCUGUGGUUGCCUUGGACACCCCAACUCCUUAAUUGCCUUGUACAAUAUGAAGGUCACGUAAUAUUGAACAUAUUAUGCCAGGUAGGCAGGAUGUUCCCUCAGGCGGUCUACUUCCCUAUCCGUAUCUUAUACCUCACGCUUCGGCGAGCUACAGCUAGGGAAACGAGCGUCCAACAGCACAACCAGGAUCCCCAACCCUCGUCGGAUCAGGGCGGGACUUCACAGGAACAAACCGCCACCAGCAACGAAGCCUCAUCAAUAAAGGCCACACCGGCAAUGAUACGGUGCUCAAAAAUAAUGAAAAUGCAAAAAGACUUCUAUCCUAUCGUUCUGCUAAGCUUGGAGGGUAUCGCGGACCAGAUGGAAUGGUUCCGAGAGAACUGGUAUGAAGAGGUUCUUAGACAGUUGAGACAGGGACUCGCGAAAUGCUACGCCAUCGCGUUCGAGAAUAGGGACAGCGUGGGCGAUGCAAAGAUAACGCCGCACAUCUUGAACUUCGUCCGGAAAUUGGUGUCUACCUUCGGCAUAGGAGUGGAGAACAUAUCUAGUUCAGUGAACGUCACCUUCCACUCGGCAGCCUCGGAAAGCUUAGCGAGGCGAGCGGAGGCCACUUAUCAAGAUCCUGUGUUCAAAGAGAUGAAACAAGAGUUCACAAAGGACUUUGACUUCUCUCAACCGAACAGCAUGAGGUUGCACAACUUGAUAUUCAAGCUGAAGAAGUGGAUCAAGAUCCUGGACAAUAGAUCGAAGAUGUUGCUUCAAUCAUUUUUGAUGGAAGACAAGUGCCGUUUCCUGUCAAUCUUCUCACUUAAGACGGCAGAAGUUGAAUUGCCGGGCGAGUUCCUACUACCCAAGCAUAACCAUUAUUUUGUGAGGAUCACCAGAUUUAUGCCUCGAGUGGACGUUGUUCAGAAACAUAAUUGCUCGGCUAGAAGAUUAUACAUUAGAGGACACAACGGCAAAAUCUAUCCUUACCUAGUGGUAAAUGAUUCUGGUUUGGCAGAUGCGAGAAGGGAGGAGCGUGUUCUCCAAUUGUUGAGAAUGAUGAACAACUGCUUAGGCAAGCAAAAAGAGACUUCAAGAAGAUUUUUGAACUUUACUGUACCACGUGUGGUGGCGGUUUCCCAACAGAUACGUCUUGUUGAAGACAACCCCAGUUCAGUGUCUUUGCUAGAUAUUUACAAAUCCGGCUGUGUGAAAUUAGGAAUAGACUAUGAUAAACCUAUAAAUUAUUAUUAUGAAAGACUUGCAAAUGUGCAAAGCAGGGGUAUCAAAGCCAGUCAUCAGGUUUACAGGGACAUAUUGAAAGGUGUGCAAAGUACAAUGGUUCCUAGGAAUUUGUUGAAGCAAUGGGCCCUUAGAACUUUUCCUUCGGCCACUGAUUAUUGGCAGUUCAGGAAAAUGUUUACUUUGCAAUUGGCACUUGCCUGUUUCGCAGAAUACGUGUUUCAUUUAACCAGGUUGAAUCCAGAUAUGAUGUAUCUGCACCAAGAUUCUGGACUCAUGAAUAUAGCAUACUUUAAGUUCGAUGUUGACGAUAGUACAGGAGAAUUGGAUACCACGAGACCAGUACCUUUCAGACUGACGCCUAAUAUUAUUGAAUAUUUAAAUCCAGUCGGUAUAAGCGGACCUUUAACUGCAUCUAUGAUAGCAACUGCAAGAUGUUUUGUUUAUCCAAACUUCAAGGUUCUCGCAAUAUUGAAACCAAUCCUUAAAGACGAAAUGAUUCUUUCACGAAUGAAGAAAUCGGAGGAAUCCCCAUUGAACAACAGGGAAAAAAUAGCAGAUGGCGAGCAAGUUAUAAAUAUGGUCAAUAGAGCAGUGUCAUCAAUAUCUAAUAGACUUAAUACUUUGUCCCACUUUGAGGGUGUGGAUAGCAGAUUGGCCACACUGGUAGCGGCAGCAAGUAGUCAUGAUAACCUAUGCCGUAUGGAUCCUGCUUGGCAUCCUUGGUUGUAAAAUGAUCUGGAUUCAAUUUUUUUUUUUAUUUAGGUUUGUGAACAUACUUAAUUUAAUUUUUUUUUGUUUCUUUUUAUAAUUAUAACAUGAAAUAAGA